AUGCCAAAAGCCUACAAAGCGCGCUCCACGCUGCAAAACAUCGCUUGCAAAUGGUACUCCGAAGACCACGACAUCCACGACCCCAGCGUCUCUGCCCUCGUACGAAAUCGCGCCGGAGCACUACAAAAGAAUGGUCUUUUGGGGUGCGAGAUUGUGAAGUUUGAGGUUAUUCUCCCGAAUGUGGCGACGCUUGAUGCCGUGCCGACGUUUUACUGGCCCUUGCUCGUCACAACACCCGAAGGAACAACAUAUAUUCUCAAAAAAGACACAGACUUGCAACUCCCCGCUGGCGUAGAACACUACGAGGUCAGUGUCUGGGGCGCAGAUGUCAACGUCUUCAAUCCAGAGCGCUUCCUCCCAUCAUCCAAGGGAAGCACAGAGGAUGAGCGCAAGCGAAAAGCAGCGUACAUACCCUUCGGAGGCGGUCGCCAUCUGUGUCCAGGCCGCAACCUCGCUUUAGCAGAGAUAAUCGGCUUCGCGUCUGCUCUACUACUGGGUUUUGAGAUUGAGGCUGUGGGGAUGGGCUUUGGCAAUGUCAAGAUGCUGGGACCGCAGCUUGCAGGCGGGACGGUAAGGCCUGAGAGGUAUGGCGCUGGGUUGGGGGCUGAGAUAGCGAUGAGGCAGGGAUGGGAGGAUGUGGAGUGGAGGUUUGAGUGUUGA